AUGGCCAACGUUGCUUUACUCGGUUCCACUGGGAUGGUGGGGAGCUUCAUCCUCUCAAGUCUUCUUAAAAGCCCCUCCGUCGCCCGAGUGGACACCAUCUCGCGCCGCACCCCGCAGCCCGCCACAGCGGCGCCGCAGGAGAAACUCACCACCUUCGUCUCUGACGACACCUCCAAGUGGGCCGCGCAGCUCUCCUCGCUGACCCCAACGCCCAGCAUCUUCGUGUCUGCCUUCGGCACCACCCGCAACGCCGCCGGGGGCUUCGACAACCAGUACAAGAUCGAGCACGGCCUGAACGUGGAGAUGGCGCGCGCCGCGCGCGACGCCGGCGUGAAGGUGUACGUGCUGAUCUCCUCGUCGGGCGCCGACAAGGGCUCGUUCUUUGCCUACACGCGCAUGAAGGGCGAGAUCGAGGAGGACGUCAAGGCCCUGGGAUUUGAACGCACUGUGAUUCUGCGGCCUGGGUUGAUUGGCGGACAGCGUGAGGAGAGUCGGCCGGCGGAGGCGGUGAUGCGCGGCUUCGCGGGCUUCCUGGGCAAGGUGCACCCCAGUCUUAAGGAUGGGUGGGCGCAGGAUGCGGAUGUCAUCGGCAGGGCAGCUGUUAAUGCGGGGUUGAAGGCGCUGGAGGGGGAUGUGCCGGCUGGAAGUGAGAAGGUGUGGACGCUGCAUGGUAGUGAGAUUCUUCGGCUGGGAAAGGAGUAAGCAUGAGAGUUGGGGGGCACAAACAAAUGAUGUAAUGCGGUUUGACUCGCUGGACCUUGUUGUGUACUUUUAUGGGAAACCAAAUUGUGAUGAUGGGUGGAAAAUGGGAGUGCAUGGGCGUUCAGACUCGAUUAAAUAUAUAACUUAAUACAACUAUCAU